CUCCCCUAUUCAUUCCGCUACUACACACCGGCGGAGUCCCGAUACGUCACACAUCCUGCUCUUUGCCAGCAUCUCCCUUCCUUGACAUGGCCGCCUGCGAGACACGGAGGAGUCCCCGGAGCGCCGGGCUGCUGCUGCUUCUCCUCCCGCUGCUGCUUAUCGCGUCCCCAGGGAGAGCGGACGACGAUGACGAAACACUCUACGCUGACGGCACCACAGAAACACCCACAGAUUCUUCGAAAAUGCCUGAUAAAGCUUUUGUGAGCUCUGACAUAAUAAAUAUCACUAGCCCACCGACUGUCAAAAAUGAAGUUCGUGAAAUGCAAAGCAACUCCAGCGGCACAACCACAGUAACGACUCCUAAAAAGAUGACCUCUGUGCAAAACAACAUCCCAAUACAAAAUAACAGCACACCUCUGGUUACCGACAAGGCAUUAAAUUUGGCGACGUCCUCUUCCCUACUUGACAAACUUAAAUCCUCCAUUAAACCUGAACCAUCUGAAGAACCAAAUGUGGAAGAGGAUCUCCUGUUUGACAAGAAUACAGCCAUUACAGCGCUGCCGUCCGAAAAGGACCCGGAUUUGGAAGACGAAGACUAUGCAGUUGAAAAUGAUGAGGAUUUUGAGGCAUCGAGAAAUGCGGAUACAUUAACAAGCGAUGACACACUCCCCAACGUCCGUGACAAGGAAACUAUUGAUGCUGAUUACGAUGAAGAUGCCGGUGACUACGAGAUUAAGACCAGUAAUGACUCUGAAGCUGACGGAGACAGCCACUUCUUCCUACACAUGGUGGUUAUAGGAUUAAUAAUCGCUGUAGUGUACAUUGCCUACCACAACAAACGCAAGAUAUUCUUACUGAUACAGAAGCGGAGGUGGCGGGACGGCCUUUGCUCAAAGAGCGCAGGCUAUCGCCGCCUGGAUCAGAACGUGAAUGAAGCCAUGCCCUCCCUUAAAAUGACCAAGAAUUAUGUAUUUUGAAGGACUUGAAGCAAUAAUAGUAUCUUAUUUGCCUUAUUUAGGCCCCAUUGCCAUAAAUCUUUUGAAUGAUUGAAUAGCUCAGAUUAUUUUUUAUUUAAUUUUAUUUUUCUUUAAUAACAAUGUAAAUGUACUAAAAUUUAGGACAAUUCUGUAUCCGCUAUUCAGACGUGACAAUCCUUUUUGUUUUCAGGCAGUGAACGUUUUCAUUCGUUUUUUUUGCCAUUUAUUGUUUUGAUGUGUGUUCAUCUUGUAUGUAUGUACUUAGCAGUUUACCUUUUUUAUGGUUUUGAUUACACCAAUAAGAUAAUUUGCACAAAGCCUGGAACUUGAACGGACAUGUUUUUCUUUAUAAUUGACAAUGGAGAUGUUUGUUUGCCCCACACAAUAUACCUCCCGUGAAGGAACAGUCCUGCGCUGAACACCGCCUUUACUUACUGUAUAUAGGAGAGCGUGUCUAUGGUUUUAUAAUGGGAUUAAACACUUGACCACAGUUUUUCGGUCUCUAAUAGUUUAGUCGCUGUGAUGUAUUAAUGUGUUGUCCUGGCCAAUGUUUUUCUGUCUGAGCAGAACGUCCUCAAAGACUGUCAAUAUGGAAUUAAUAUUUCUUUACAUUCGAUUUCCAGAUUAAGCAAAUUGCAGUACUGACAUUUAGUUCAGUAUUUUUAUUUUUAUUAAGAUUAUAAAAGUAAUAGUCUAAAACAACCCUGCCAACCUGUUGUGAAACUACACAUCCCAGCAUGCCCUGCCACAGUUUUAGCAUCCGCUAACAACAAAAUUGAGGCAAAGCAUGCUGGGACUUGUAGUUUCACGACAGCUGGAGAGCCACGUGUUGGCCUGGUCUAAAACACAAAAAGCCCUCAAGUUUGUCAUUAUUAAGUCAUUAUUUGCUUUCUUUUGAGAUCCCUGCUCAAUGAACAUCUUAAAUUGCAUAAUGUAACACCGGUUUAAAGAGCAGCUUAGAAAUACGUGGCUGUUUCACAAAGUAAUUCAUCGGGCUUACUCUGGAAUGGUGCCAGUAUGAAGAACAGGUGACACUGCCGGGUUGUGUAGUUUAGGCUGGCGUCGCAGUUUAUUUAAAUUGAAAACUGAUAACUAAUCGGUGAUCAUCACAAGUCGCUACUGUCAGGCCACCGUCUAUGUUCAAUAUUCCGUUAUAAGGGUAUCCCUAAACCUAAAAUAGAAGUCUGCUUAUACAACAUAAAUGACAUUGAAAAGUAUACUUGCAAACGUUUCCAAAGCUUAUCAGAAAUAAGAUACAUUUGGGACGGGUAAGGGGGAUAGUUUCCUACACACAGAUCUAAAUAAAAAUGAAAAAAAUAGUACGCAACAUUGCAGUCACUCCUUGCCCCGACUUGGCUGAUAACAG